AUGGCUUUACAGCAUACAGUACACCAUGGAAAACCUCUUUACAGCCAAGAAGCAGACGACAAUGAUUCCACGAGUGCCGAUGAUGUGGACGCGAAACAAAGAGCCAUUUCGGCGCUCUCGCGACCCAAUCCAAGGAGUUUGGACAGAGAAGACAACUUAGACAGAGACAACCACAGAAGCUUUUUGCCUCCUCCCUUGGACCCUCUGCCCAAUGCACCCGUUCCCAACAGGCAUGGGAAAGGACCUAGUUCUAGUAGUUCUAGCAGUGCUAGCAGAGCCAAGGCCAGGAUGCACCCAUCCAAAAAGUUUCUGCAUGCUCCUUCCUCUUCUUCUGAUACUACAUUUAGUACUAGUAGAAAAGAAAGACACGAACGACCAUCAUCCACCACCACCAACACAAACAACACUAACAACAGGCAAAGAGGAAGGAGGUCACCAAGCAGAAAAGAAAACCAAGCGGAACCCAAACGAUACGCCAGCAUGUUGCCUCCUCCUCUCAAGGAUCCUGCUCAAUUCAUGCAACAAGAAGACGACGAACAUGACGACGACGACGACGACGAUCAACCAGUCAAGCCAUCCAAUUUCUUGGACAAUUACGUCGUCUCGGAAGACUCCACCACCGCAACAACUACUACUACAGGUACUGCCGCACCACCUUCUACAACCACGUCGACGUCUUCUACCAAUGAUACAAUCACCCGUGCUCCUUCCAAUGGCCUUUCCUCAUGGGAACAUUUCCUGGGCACCAAGCCAAGACCAGAGUCAAACAAAAGCAACAGCAAAAGCAAGAAGAAACCAAAGUCUUCUACUAGCAGCACCGACAGCUCCGAGGAAGGAGACAACGUCAUGGCCAAACUGCCAUCAAUUCAAGACUUGUUUCCUCCUGAUCUAUCCCUAGGACACACUAGUAGCAGCAAAAAGGCGGGGGCGCCAUCCUCGUCCAACGAUGUGUCUUCUCUCUUUCCAGGAAAAACAAAUACCGGUACACAACAAUCACCGCGCCAAAGGGGGCGAAAUCUGCAAACCACAAAUUAUGACGGACCAGCAUCGUCCGCGAGAACUGAUGACAGAUCUUCAUCAUGGAUGGAUAGACAGCAAGAACGAAAACCAAAAUCGACCACUGGGCAACAACAGUCGUCAGCAUCCCUAGGAGGCGUUUUGCCAGUGAGCGACCUAUUCUACCGAUCAUCCUCGUCGUCUUCGCAAUCAUCCAGAGGAAACAAUGUUGCGGACAGCAACAAGAAAGCCUCCAAAUGGGAUCAGCUACUCAAGUUGGGAGGAAAUCAAACAGCUUCAGGCUCCACAAACAAACAGAGCAGUAAAGCUACGACCAACAGCAAUAACCGAGCCAACAAAUCACUACCAAACAACAACAAAUCACAACAACACUCAAACAAAGGAUCCAGCAGCAAACGGCGAAAAAUGGUUCGUCGGGGGAUGGAAAUGUUAGUUGGAGGAGUUCCUGUCAAUGCCGAUCCACCACAACGGAGCAUGGAACUUGUCUAUGAUACAAAGCUACCUUGGUACGAUGCCGUCGCCAUCAACACACACGACUUUGGGGCCUUCUUCCAUUCCGGAUCCAACUUGACAAACACACAAUUGGCUCUCUAUUGCGAGUAUUUUGUACACAAUACGUUACGGUGGGAUGUCUGCCCCGAUGACUUGAGACUAAUUGCAGAAGAGUUUCUCAUUCAACAAGAUGAUGAUGAUGAAAAGACCGCACCUGAGGGUGGAAGAACGCUCUCCACUUCGAUCACGACCUUGGACGUUGAUAAUAUAAAGGAAGCGCUCGCACCCUUCAAACACGUCCUCGGUGAUCUCAUAGGCGAAGACACUGACGAUGUACCCCUCGAUCUCGUCGAUAUGGGUAAUUCAGAAUUGGAUGUCAAGGACGUCACAUUCGACUUGAUUGGCGCCAUUGGGAAAGACGGUGCCCCAACGGGUGUGGUGGUGGACACAAACAAUAACGACAACAACAAGGACGCCAAAGCAAAGACUGCCGUUUCGCCACCCAAAGGAUUCGGAAAGCCGAGCCAUGGCAAGAACAGCAACAACAAAAAGACCCCUCGGAAGAGAAAAGCAACGCAGACCACUCAAACUGGGUACGAGUAUCUCAUCAACAUGGGCGCAGCCCUGUCAUUUGAUAUGGGAAUCUCCCAAGAGGAAUUGGAAGCUGAAUCCGGCCCCGAUGAAACUCCUGAUGGUGUUCUUCGUGAUGUUCUGCGGUGUGGCAUUCGGUCUUGCGUCGAAAAGACGUUGCAGCGCAUCAACGAUGCAAAUGACAACAAGGCAGACUACAAAAUGGUGCUCAAUGACGUUCAAAUCGAACCCCUAGAGAUGACCGAAUUGGACGAUGGAACGACCAACAUUGUGGCCAUGUACAAGGUUUUGGUUCAUCCGUCUGGACUGCCGUCGGCAUACAUUCGACAAGAUGAAUUCAGCAGAGUCGCGAGACAGGUGCAGCGUAUGGUUAGUGAUGAGAUUGAUGAAGGUGACAUGAGUGUGGCUUGUGCCGCUGCUGCGAGAAAGGAAACUCGUUGGUCGGCAGAGUUUCGCGAGAGGGCGUACGAAGAAUUCCUCUUUCAAGACGAGGAAGAAGACAAAGGAUACGACGAUGACAGGGAAGACGCGAUUGAAGCUGAAGUGAUAUCGCAGUCGAAUGCUGAUGUUUCCGAUGACAGUGCAGAUGAAACGUCUUCUUCCAGGAGUCGAAAGACAGAAAAUGCCGGAAAACAAGAGGACAGGUCGUUGAUCUGGAACUAUAUGGACGAGAGCGCACAGUUUGCUCCAUUUGGAGGUAAACUAGGGCAUCGACUCCUGGAAGCAGUGGAGAAGCGCGCAGAGAAAACUCCCCCCAAAAUGAUUGCGAUUGGUGACGUCCAUGGAUGCAUUGAAGAGCUUCAGGAUCUGCUGCGUCAGUGUGACUACCAUCCUGGCGAUAUGGUUGUUUUCCUGGGCGAUCUUGUCAGCAAGGGGCCCGACAGUGUCAGCGUGGUCGAAAUGGCCAAUGACGUUGGUGCGCUGGGCGUUCGAGGGAAUCAUGAUUUUGAAGUCAUUCGAUGGCACCAAGCAAUCAAAUCAGGAGUCGACCCUCCGGUGGUGGGAUCGGAGCACUUCCACGUGGCGACCUGUUUGUCCCAAGCUGACGUUCAGUGGCUGUACAACCUUCCUUGGUACAUCACCUCGAAAGAGCUAGGAGCUCUGUUUGUUCAUGCUGGUUUUGUUUCCGGCAUACGAUUAGCGAAACAGAAUCCACGUUUAAUGAUGAACAUGCGCAGCAUUUUGCCGGAUGGAACGGUGACAUCAAAGUUUUUCAACAAUUGGCCGUGGGCUCGUCUCUGGGAUGGCCCCCAGACCGUCUACUUUGGACACGAUGCCGAUCGGGGAUUGCAACAAUACGAACAUGCGAUUGGUCUCGACACUGGUUGCGUUUAUGGCGGCCGUUUGACAGCUUGUCUGCUUCCCGAGAAGCGGCUUGUGAGCGUCAGUGCUCGUCGUGAAUAUUUCAAGUAUCGUCGAAAGCACUACGAUUAGGGAGGAGCUGCAUUGUACUCUCAGCCAUGCACGGUCAACACGUGAAAAAACGAAUGUCGCCAGCACGAGAUUGUAUUGAUGACCACAAUGAAUAUUCGGAUGCUUAAAAAGCUUCACGGAGCUAUGGCUCUAGCUAUGCAUUGGGUACGGGUGUCCAGUUCAAUUUUGUCAGCCCUGAAGGACAUGGAGAGUAUGGACAAUCCAACUAAGGUAGCUAGCUAGCUAGCUUGACUUGGGGGUGAAUGGCAUCAACCGGUUCUGUUUUGAAAGAGCUUUCCCAUUGGCCAAGUCGCUCAAAUCAUGUCAUCUACCGGUACCGGUAUGAAGACCACUUGCGGGAGCCCGAGAAGGCAGGAUAAACCCCAACACCAAUAGCUAACUUACGACCUCUUCUAAUGCCGAGAAUGAUGAUAGAAUGAAUGAUCAAUCGACGUCACUUGACUGGAGUGGUCUGGUAUGCUGCCAGGCCAGGUGCCUUCCGUCAGAGAUCCUCCAAUCAAGUGAAACGUUGCAAUGCUGACACUCAUCUUCUGAUCGUCCAAAAGUGAGAAUUCGGAACAUGUGAAUCAGUCCUUCUCGUUGAAAGAGAACAGUUUCAAGCGUUCUCAGUGAAGAAUCAGUGAGAUCAACACGGAUAAUUUGAGUUCGGCGUGCUGGAAAACAGAACCAAGAUGCGUUCGCAAAAAGAAAGCAAUCCACGUGAGAAUCUGGUAAGAAAUCUACAGAGAUCGAAUCUUCGCAUCACCGAGGAGUUGAGAAAUUCUUCUUUGAAAGG